AUGCGGCUGCCGGAGCUGUGCCUGGCGCUCCUCUGCGCCGCCGGGCCCGGCUCCCCCGGGGCGGUCCGGGAACAGCCGCCGGCCCCGGGAGCGGUCGUGGGGAGGACGAGGGAGGAGGGACGCGGAGGGCCGGGGGCUGCCGCCCCCCGGGCCGGCGGGGUGGACCCCCGGCAGGCGUGGAUGCUGCUGGCCGGGAGCCCCGGGCGGGCGAGCGGCAGCCGGGCCCGGGGCAGAACGGGGACGGGACGGGACGGGGCAGGAACCGGCCCAGCAGCCGUGCAGGCUCCGGGAAAAGCAGCCCAGGCUACCUUGCAAGCGGGUGGGCCGGGGGCUGCCCCUGUCCCCGCCGCGGUGGAAGAGCUGCUGAGGGAGCUGCAGCUCCUGCUGAGAGGUACCCACCGGCCCUGGGGAGCGAAGACACGCAGGAAGGCCUGGGAAGGGCAUGAAGAGGAGGAAAGCAGCAAAGGCAGCCCCCAGGCCGGGUGCCAUCGUCGCGUGGAAGCGGCCUUCCACUGCCGGACACGUGAAAACAUCUCUGUCGAGGAAAGAGCGCAGCAGGAGCUGCGGCUCUACUACAUCCCGGAGAGGGAGGGGACGUUCCACCGCGGCUCGGGGCUGAAUCUGACCAGCGGACAGUACACGGCCCCCCUUGCGGGGUACUACACCUUCACCGCCACGCUGCACAUCGUGCACCGAGAGCAGCGGAGGAAGGGGCAACUGUGCAGGGGGAAUCGUCUGCGGGUGCUGAUCUGCGUGCAGUCCCGCUGCCAGCACAACAGCAAUUUGGAGACCGUGUUCCGGCUGGACAGCAGGGGUGAGCUUUUCACUGUCUCUGUCAGCGGAGUCCUUUACCUGCAGGCUGGGCAGUACGCCUCGGUUUUCGUGGACAACGCUGCAGGCUCUCCCCUCACCGUUCAAAGCGGCUCCGAUUUCAGCGCCAUUCUGCUGGGGGUGUGA